AGAAUAUUUACAACUCUAUAAUGCACUCUUUUUGUCACUGUUCUCCGCUCGCUCACAGAUCUUCUUAGCUUGGCGCUCAUCUUCCAGCUCAAGCACACUCAACACUGAACUGGGAAAGAAAGAGAGAGAAAGAGAGUAGGGAUCUAAACUCUCCAAGCUUCAAGGGAUGGCAACGACGUCGCCUCGGUCAGAAUCAUCAUCGUCGACGAAAAAGGAGGGAUUGGGGUGGAUAGAGUGGCUAAGGGGAUGGACGUAUGUGAUACACGAGAUGCUGUUUCAGAGAAUCAUGGCUAGUCACUUGGAAAACCCUCUUCCUUUGCCUCCCGUCAACGACCUCACUUGCAUUGUUACUGGAUCCACCAGCGGUAUCGGCUCUGAAAUCGCCAGGCAAUUGGCAGAGUCAGGGGCUCAUGUUGUUAUGGCAGUGAGGAAUCCAAAGUUAGCCCAUGAACUGAUCCAGAAAUGGCAGAAUGAAUGGUCUGGAGUGGGCCUCCCUCUCAAUGUUGAGGUGAUGGAACUUGAUCUUCUGUCCUUGGAAUCGGUUGUGAAGUUUGCUGAAGCAUGGAAUGCGUGUUCAGGACCUUUGCAUGUUCUUAUUAAUAAUGCUGGGAUAUUUUCCAUUGGAGAACCACAAAAGUUUUCAAAAGAUGGGUAUGAAGAACACAUGCAAGUGAAUCAUCUAGCUCCGGCAUUGCUUACGAUAUUGCUUUUGCCAUCCCUAAUUAGAGGCUCUCCCAGCCGAAUUAUCAAUGUGAAUUCAGUUAUGCAUUAUGUUGGCUUUGUUGACACUGAAGACAUGAAUGUUGUUUCUGGGAAGCGAAAGUAUACAAGCUUAGUGGGAUAUGCUAGCAGCAAGUUGGCACAGGUCAUGUUUAGUAGUGUUCUUCAGAGGCGCCUUCCUGCAGAAUCUGGCAUUAGUGUAGUUUGUGUAUCACCUGGAGUUGUCCAUACAAAUGUUGCAAGGGAUCUUUCCAGAUUCGUGCAAGCAGCUUAUCACUUAAUACCCUAUUUUAUCUUUAGUGCUCAAGAAGGUUCAAGGAGUGCUCUCUUUUCAGCCACCGAUCCUCAGAUUCCAGAAUACUGUGAUUUGUUAAAAUCAGACGACUGGCCUGUAUGUGCAUUCAUCUCUCAAGAUUGUCGACCAGCAAAUCCUUCGGAAGAAGCACACAGCAUCGAGACUUCUCAUAAAUUGUGGGAGAAGACAUUGGAGAUGAUUGGUCUUCCUGCAGAUGCAGUGGAAAGAUUAAUAGAAGGGGAAGAAAUUACAUGCCGCUAUGGGAAUCAUCAGUAGUAUUAUUUGUUGCCAUGACACAAGAAAUUACUAGUUCUUACCAGGUAGUCAACACGGAAUGGUCCCAAAGUACCAUUUGGAGCGCUUUUUAACAUUAAUUACAAAGUACUAUUUUGUAAUUUAAGUUGAAUUACUUAAUUGUGGUGGCAAUAUGGUAGUAGGCUUGCUUAUGCAAUGCAAUGGUCCCAACAUUUGUAAGCUUCUAACUUUUCAUUGUACCCUCAGCAUGAAAAUUAUUAUAAAUUAAUACUAUCAGAAGCCUUUUUUUUUUU